ACACUACUUGGAAUCUUUAGAGAUUGUGUAUUUCAGUUUUUUUCUGGAUGAUUUGACUCUAUCAUCCUCUGUUUGAUACUUUUGUUUGUUUGCUCUGUUUCUCCUUUCUCUAUACACUAGGCUCCAGCUUUCUCUUCGUUUUCCGUCAGAAUCAGAUUGCUUUUUUUCUUUCCUGGAUACUCGAUCGAGAAUAUUCAGCUUUUUGUUACCUUUUACGUUCCGCGGCGAUGAAGUUUUACCAGAAACUGCUUAAUCGAUACUGUAACCUCGCCGUCGUUUCCUCUAAUUUUAGGUUUUCCGGUAAUAGAUAGUCACAUCGACGUUGACGGAACAGAUAAUAAGGAGACGAGAGAGUCAGCUUCAUCAUCAGCUUUUUUUUUUAGUUUCCCGACGUCUAACCACAUGAACCGGCGGCGACUUCUGAUAUCGGCGACACUUCUCUCUUACUUUCUUCUUCACGGCAUGGCUCUCGCCUCCGGGUUGAAGCUUAGAGGUAAUCUGGAUUUGACUAAAACGACGACGUUAUCGAGCUCUUCGCAUCGGAAGAUGCUUCUUCUCUCUCCUGGAGGAAAAGCAGAGAAGAGGGUAGAGCCAGAGAGGAUAGGAGACAAGUGCAAGAGUACGGACAUAGUGGUGAACCAAGCUGCAACGGAACCAUUGCCGAGCGGAAUACCAGGCUACACGGUAGAGAUAACGAACAUGUGUAUGUCUGGAUGCGUGAUUUCGAGGAUACACAUCAGCUGCGGCUGGUUCAGCUCAGCUAAGUUGAUUAACCCAAGAGUCUUCAAGCGUAUUCACUACGACGACUGUCUUGUCAACAACGGCAAGCCUUUGCCUUAUGGCUCCACUCUCUCUUUUCACUACGCCAACACUUUCCCUUACCCUCUCUCUGUCGCCUUCGUCACAUGUUCUUAGCUUGUUUCUUUUUUCUCUUUCUAGUUUUCUUUUCUUUUUUUAUAUAUAUAUAUAUAUAGGAGGAUUAAGAAGAUAGUAGAAGAAACUGAAGGAAAUUAAGACUACUCUUAUUAGAUACGGAAAAUAUGGAGAUUUAGUCA